CCCUGCUCAAUGUCCUAACUCUUUUUGACCACGGUUCCCCUCUGCCAAGAAGCUGCUGUCUUAACUAUCCAUGGAUCCCCAGAUCCUGCCAUAUGGCAGUUGUGUGGUGGACAGCCUCUGGGCUGCAUGGCUUCAUAGAGGAUGAAGACCAACCCUGCGGGCUCCUCACUAGAAACCUGUCAAGCUACAGGCCAGGGAGAGAAGGGCUGCCCAGUCUGCCAGGCCUGUGGAGGGGUUUCAGGUCUGGGGUCUGCUUCAGGGUAUGGGUCAGGUCUUGGGCCAGGGCCUGGGGCUGUUCCAGGGUCUGGGCCAGGACCUAGCACUGCUUCUGUGACUGGCCAAGUACCUGGUGCUACUGCAGGGCCUACUGCUACUCUGGGACCAUUACCUGGACCAGGAGCUAGGUCUGGACCCAGACCAGGAGCUGAGUCAGUACCUGGGCCAGCACCUCAGCCGGGAGCUGGGCCAGCACCUCAGCCAGGAGCAAGUGAGUCAGUACCUAGGCCAGGACCUGCACCAUUAACUGGGCUGGGGCUAGGGCCUGGGACCAGACGAGGCUCUGGGACUGGUGCUAACCCCAGUGAAUCAGUGACAACCCCAGAACCAGAGCGACAGCAGAAGACUCAGGCCAAACCCACACAGGCCCCCAGACAGAAGGUUCUGGUGACCGGAGGAGGAGGCUACCUGGGCUUCAGCCUGGGCUCCAGCCUAGCCAAGAGAGGCACGUCUGUCAUCUUGCUUGACCUCCGCAGACCCCAGUGGCCACUACCCUCAGGAACUGAGUUUAUCCAGGCUGAUGUUCGAGAUGAAGAAGCUCUGUACCAAGCCUUCCAGGGAGUGGACUGUGUCUUUCACGUGGCCUCCUAUGGCAUGUCUGGGUCUGAGAAGCUACAGAAACAGCAGAUUGAGUCUAUAAAUGUCGGAGGCACCAGGCUAGUGAUUAAUGUCUGUGUUCGUCGGCGUGUCCCAAGGCUCGUGUACACCAGCACAGUCAAUGUGACAUUCGGUGGGAAGCCCAUAGAGCAGGGUGAUGAAGACUCGGUCCCAUACUUCCCCCUGGACAAGCACAUGGACCACUACUCUCGAACCAAAGCCAUUGCUGACCAGUUGAUUCUCAUGGCUAAUGGGACACCUCUCCUAGGAGGAGGCACCCUCCGUACCUGUGUGCUCCGUCCCCCAGGGAUCUAUGGCCCUGAAGAACAAAGACACCUGCCCCGGGUGGCGAGCCACAUCAAGAAGAGACUAUUCAUGUUCCGGUUUGGGGAUCGCAGGACACGCAUGAACUGGGUCCAUGUGCAGAAUCUGGUGCAGGCACACAUGCUGGCAGCUGAGGCCCUCACCAUGGCUAAGGGCUAUGUGGCUAGUGGACAGGCAUACUACAUCAACGAUGGGGAAAGCGUCAACCUCUUUGAGUGGAUGGCCCCACUGUUUGAGAAGCUGGGGUACAGUCAGCCCUGGAUCUGGGUACCAACUUCCUGUGUUUAUCUGUCAGCUGCUGUGAUGGAGUACCUGCACCUGGCCUUGAGGCCCAUCUGUACCAUCUCCCCACUACUCACCCGAAGUGAGGUGCUCAGCGUGGCCGUGACGCACACCUUCCAGAUUGCCAAGGCCCGCGCUCAGCUUGGCUACGCGCCGGACAAGUUCAGCUUCGCCGACGCAGUGGAGCGAUAUGUGCAGGCCACGACCCCGCAGCCCCGUGGCUUCACCACGCUGACGCUCCUGCGGCUGUUGCUCCUGCUGCUGCUCUUGCUCGGCCUACUGGGCCUGACCCUGCACUUCCUAGGGCUUCAGUCUUUGCAGGCGGUAGUGCAACACCUCUGA